AUGGCUUCCAUGUCGUUCUAUUCGCUCCUAUUCUCCGUGGCCUUGAGCUAUUUGAUCACCAUCACUAGUGCACAUGGUCCAAUUAUUGGUACCAUUGCACAUCCGGCCUCGAAACAUGGUGAUUACAUUGCGGCGUCGUAUGUCAAGUGGGUUGAGAGCGCUGGUGGUCGUGUGGUCCCUAUUCCGUAUAACGCGCCGAAGCCAUACAUUGAGCAGCUGCUGCCGCAACUCAAUGGUCUUUUGUUCCCUGGUGGUGCUGCUGACGUGAAUGAACGCGCUGAGUGGCUAUUUCAAUUGGCGCUUGAGCUUAAUGACAAGGGCGUUUACUUUCCUGUGUGGGCCACUUGUCUGGGCUUUGAAUGGAUCGUGCAACUUAUUACAAAGGACGUGCAUUCGUUGGACAAUGGACUUGACGCCAUGAACAUCACUCUACCUUUGGAUUUUACAAAAGAAGCUCCGACCAGUCGAUUGUUUAGUCAGGCCAGUCCAGAGCUUUAUGCAUGGCUCAAGAACAAACCUAUCACUAUGAACAAUCACAAGCACGGCAUUGCUGUCAAAAGGUUCAAUCAAUACUCUUCUCUCACAGAGUUCUACACUGUGCUGUCCACCAAUGUAGAUCGUCAAGGGAUCGAGUUUGUUUCGUCUUUCGAGGCCAAGAAAUACCCGGUUUAUGGUGUGCAAUUCCAUCCUGAGAAGAAUGCCUUCGAGUUUGGAAAGUACCCGGAUGGUACUCCGUACGAGGUCAUUGAUCACUCGCGUGAAGGUGUCGCGAGUGGACAGUUCUUUGCCAAUUUCUUUAUUGACGAGGCUCGAAAAAAUGAGCUACGCUUUGAAGACCCCAAGGUGGAGCGCAAAUCGUUGAUUUACAACUACCACGUAUCAACUAUUAAGGACCCAGUCUUUGUCGAGUCGUACAUCUUCAAACAUGACUGCAAUAAGAACUUUUGGAGCAUUUAG